AUGUCUUGGCUCGUCCCCUCUCUCCCUACAUGGGCAAGAGCCACUCCUUCCUCGUCUUCUUCUGCUCCUGCUCAAUCCACAGAAGACGUUGUGGAAGAUCUGGAUGUACCGCCUCCAUUCCCACUUCUCAAUUCACAUCAGCGAUCAUCUGCUCCUGCUGCUGCUCCUGCCCACGAUCCCACUCACACACCUGCCCCUGCGUCUGCUCCUUCAUUCUCAAUAGCACCCCCUUCACCACCCAAAUCCCCUCAUGACGACGAAGACGAACCGACAGAAUUAAACAUAGCGAUCGUUGAUUCUCCUCUAGGCGAUAUGGCUCCUCCUGUUUCAACCACGAAAAAACCCAAUUUCGGUAUACAAAAAGGUGGUGAAGAUAAUUCUACUUUGAAUUUGACUUUGAAUGGAGGACAAAAGAAAGAGAAUGUGCUGGUGAAAGAGAAGAAGAAAAGAGCGAAAGUAGCUUUAACUCCUGGACAUUCAGCUCUAGAUUGGGCGAGAUUGACUUCUAGUGGAGAAGAUUUAAGAGGUAUUAUUGGAUUUCAAAGGAUUACAAUAGCUCAAUUAAAAGAGCACAAUACACCAGAUGACGCAUGGUCAGUAUUCAACGGAAUGGUCUACAAUAUAACUCCUUAUUUACCUUUUCAUCCUGGAGGUGAAGAUGAGUUGAUGCGUGUUGCAGGACGAGAUGGUACAAAGUUGUUUAUGUUGACUCAUUCUUGGGUGAAUCUGGAUUUCAUGUUGAAGGAAUGUAUGAUAGGUGUUUUGAUUAGGGGGUAA